AUGUGACUGUCUUGCUGGGCCGAGUUUUUAGGGCCCGGUUUUUCUCUGCUCGCCUGGCGACUGAAAGUCAGGUGGAGGCAGUGAUCGUCUGUUUUCUUGUUUUCCCCCACCCCCCUCUCCUCCAUGCGAGUAUCAAUAGAGUUUUCCAUCCAGUAUACUUGUUCGAAUAAAUCACAGUGAAGGCUCUGGCUGGAGAGGUUUUUUCGUUUGUGUCAAGUUAAAACAGAAUACUGUCCUCGGGGCAGGAUCUCUGGUGAAGAGGAAGGAGUUCGUACUGUGUGUGUCUGUCCAGGAUGCGAUUGUGAUCCACCCCACUCCCUUCUCGCUCUCCAGGAGCCAUUUUUCGUGCUGAAAAUCUACACUGGGGAUGCAGUAACUAACUGGACGCCAACGCUGUCUGAGGGUGAUUUUUUUUACAUCAAUUAGCGUCCUAAUUGCGGGCACGUUUAAGUUUUAAGGCGGCAGCAACGCCGAUGGGUGAGCAGAACUGUGAAGCAAUUCUUCACUUAGCACGUACAUGGACACUGGAUUGUGAGACGUCUGUGCUAAAGCAACCCAAGUAUUUAUAAACAUCUCUGAAAGUGGUUCAAUGCCUAGGGACUCCGAUUUAUGAAGGCUUCCUCGAUCUUCGUUUAAAUUUAAAAAAAUGUUAGGAGUGAACCCGAGUAUGUAGAAACCGCGUAUUGGUAAAUAUUCAAUCGAUUUCAUCGUGGGACUUCAAAUAUUAUUUCGUUACAGAGCAGUGAUUAAGAAAAUUAGAGCGAUUUUUAGUGGGACCUACAUCUAGUGCGUCCGGUAUUGGCAGGCUAUUCAAUUCUGUUUAUCUGUCAUUUGGAAAUUUUAGAGGAAAAAAAAGCAAGGCUGUUUUUAUUUGUUUUAAUGAAUCCUUUGAAGAGUCGAAAUGUAAUUGGAAUAACAAGAAAAUAAAUACAAACAUGUAAUAUUGCUGUACAUUUAAGAAUAUGCGAGUCGACGCCGAAGGCAAGGGAAUCCACGGAUGGGAUAUCAUCGUGUUCCCAAGGUCCACUGAUUUUAAAUAGUUGUCUGUCUUUUGGGAUUGAGAUAUACAAUUCAAGCAUUGAUGCCGCCCCCAAUGAAACAGUGCGAAUACAGUCAGAUUACGACGCAGAGCUCGUCUCCCAUGGAGUCCCCCAAAAAGAAGAAAAUUCCGCGGAAGAAAUGGGAAGUUUUCCCAGGAAGAAAUAAAUUUCAUUGCGAUGGCAGGAUCAUGAUGGCCAGGCAAACUGGGGUCUUCUAUUUGACACUUGUCUUAAUUGUGGUCACCAGUGGACUUUUCUUUGUAUUCGACUGUCCAUUCCUAGCAGUUACCAUCACACCUGUGAUACCAGCGAUUGCAGGAGUUUUGUUCUUUUUUGUGAUGGGAACGUUGCUCCGUACAAGCUUCAGUGAUCCAGGAGUUCUACCUCGCGCUACGCAAGAUGAAGCAGCUGACCUGGAAAGACAGAUAGAUAUCGCCAAUGGUUCAGGUUCAGGAGGAGGUUAUCGACCUCCCCCCAGAACAAAAGAGGUGAUAAUUAAUGGGCAAACGGUCAAGUUAAAAUACUGUUUUACCUGUAAAAUCUUCCGGCCACCACGUGCCUCCCACUGUAGCCUUUGUGAUAAUUGUGUAGAACGAUUUGAUCACCACUGUCCCUGGGUAGGCAACUGCGUGGGAAAAAGGAACUACAGAUUUUUUUACAUGUUUAUUUUGUCACUGUCAUUUCUGACAGUCUUCAUCUUCGCUUUCGUCAUCACACAUGUCAUUCUCCGAUCUCAGAAGACAGGAUUUCUAAAUGCACUAAAAGACAGCCCGGCAAGUGUGCUGGAAGCAGUUGUUUGUUUCUUCUCUGUUUGGUCGAUUCUUGGCCUGUCAGGAUUUCACACAUACCUAAUCAGCUCAAAUCAGACAACAAAUGAAGAUAUUAAAGGAUCCUGGUCAAACAAAAGAAGCAAAGAUAAUUACAAUCCAUAUAGCUAUGGAAAUAUCUUCACAAAUUGUUGUGCAGCUUUGUGUGGGCCAUUGCCACCGAGUUUAAUUGAUCGAAGAGGAGCGAUCCAGUCAGAUACACCACAGUCAGUUGCGCCACCAAAUGGAAUCACCACAUAUGGGGCCACACAAUCUCAGAGCAACAUGUGUGAUCAGGACCAAUGCAUUCAGAGCACUAAAUUCGUUUUGCAGGCAGCAGCCACACCGCUGUUACAGAGUGAAUCAAGCCCAAUGAAUGAAGAGCUCCCUGUCCCAGGGAAAAUGACAAUUUCUUCUCCAUGUGCCACGUUGACUCUUGGGCAGCCAACACCUCCACCGUCUACAUCAAGCCUUGCAACAGAAACCAUAUUAGCAGAUACAUUGCCAUUGAAGGAAGCAUGUGAAGGUCACCACUUUCUUACACCAGAAGAGGCUCCAUCACCUCCUGGAAUGCUCACCCCAGGUAGCCCACUUACUCAAAGCCACACAAUGCAUGUCCUGAAUGCAGUCACCCAGGAUUCAAUGCACGAGGACUCAGUUCGUGGCCUUGUCAAACUUAGCUCAGUUUGACACCUCUUAUGGCCAUUUUAAUCUUUCCCAAUUCCAGAUGUUACCUGGAACUGUCAAAAGAUUAUCAAGAAAUUGCACCAUAAUCCCAUCGCAAACUGAUGUGAAAUAACAGAUAAUCCCUUCUAUCCUGUAAUGAAGAAUAUGUGCCAUUAUGUGAAGAAGAAAAUAUGUGUGCUCAUGAGUAAUUCAGACUAAGAAGCAACACUUCACUGACUUUUGUUUUAUCUAUGAAGCAAUGGCAAAAGACUUUCAACUGCACCCAGAUAUUGUACAACAGUGUAAUUUCUAUUGUGCUAUAUUUUCAGAAACUUGUGACACAGUGGAGAUUGGUAGGAAUGACUCAUGACCUGUUGAAUUAAAAACUGAGAAGAUGGAGUGAAUCAGUUGUUAAACUCAGCAUGAAAGCUUUACUCAUUUGAACGUAUGUCUCAACUCUUGUGAAGUUGGUUAAAAGUGAAUAAUCACAAGGUCUUUUGUUGAAGCCUGUUUUGACUGCAGUCUAGGAUACUGUGUUGCAUUGUAAACAAAUGUUACAGGCCAGUGUAAAACUAUUGAACACAAUAGUGAUCUUUGUUUUCCAAUGAGUAUAUAUGGGCAAGGAAAUGCAAAGAACUGAAUGAAUGCAAUCUAUUAGCCUUCAUUAUAUAAAAUUUAAAUUUUGGGUUUAUAGGAUCUAAAGUAUUGAGGGCUGCUAUUGUCUCACACCAUAUCAUUUAUCUCUUUCUGUGAAGUGUUUGAGAAGGAACUGUUCUGUGCCAUGUCACCAUUUAAAUCUGGUGAUAUUUAUUUCCUGUGGACAUUAAUAAAU